UUGACUCGGGAGUUGGGACUUUCUACCCAACCACUUUAUAAGUCUCGUUAUAAAAGCAUCUGUUAGGAUAACACUGUUCAGUUUGUCUUUGACUUUUAUAAGAAUAAGUAUUCGAUUUAUUUUUUUUUAUCAUUAUUUUUCGGAUAUUGCUGUGAACUUUAGUGAUAAACAAACGAUAAGCUAAUUGAUAUUUGUGAUAAAAUUAUACAUUCAUGUAAUAAAACUUUCUGAUUAUUGAUUUUUACAGGCUACUUUAAUUAUAUAAAUUUUUAAGUGUCAAAGUGUUAUUAAUUAUUAUUAGUGAUUCAUGUCAUUAUAAUAUUUUUAAUGGCGCUCAGAAAAGUUACAAAUAAAAUAAAAAAUAUUUUGAAAUAAUUAGUAAUAAGAAAUAUUUAGUUUUUUUAGCAAAAUUAAAUUUAUGAUUAAAAUUAUUUUAUUUUUAUUGUAAACAUGGAUCCAAACUGUGAUAAAAACAAACCAUUACUGAGUUACCAUAAAGUUAAUAUUCUGUCACAAAAUUUUGACACAUUGAAAGAAAAUGAGAAAUGCAUUCAGUCGAAUAACAAUGAGGAACUAAAUAAUAAUGAUAAGGUUGUAUAUGAUGAAGAGGAAGAUGAUGUUCCAGUUCAAUACACAUCCAAUUGUCGAGGUGUAUUCGCUCAGUGUAUGGUUGCCGGUGCUGUACUAUUUUUAACCGCAGGUGUAGGCAUGCCUAUAGGAUACAGUGGAGUUUUAUUACCACAACUUAACGACACUAAUAGUACGCUUCAUAUAGAUCAAGAUAUAGGCUCAUGGAUAGCGUCAAUUCAUAGUCUAGCAAGUCCAUUGGGUUCUCUGAUAUCUGGUCCACUUUUAGACGCAAUAGGUAGACGUAGCUGCCUACAAUUGUCAGCUAUUCCUUUGUGUAUUGGCUGGUUGCUUAUAGGAUUUGCAACAAAUUUAUGGAUGAUGUUAUUGGGUAGAUUUUUCGCUGGUUUUGGAGUUGGGAUAUGUGGUGUUGCAGCUCAGGUAUUAGUAGGAGAAACAGCAGAUCCAGGAAUACGUGGAUUUCUCGUUUCGAUUUCCAUAGCUGCUUAUUGUGCCGGUAUUUUGUUGGUUUAUAUAUUGGGAUCAGCAUUUACCUGGGAAAUAGUUGCAUUCAGUUGUAUAAUUUUACCUGCUAUAAGUUUAGUAACAUUAAGUUUAAUAUCAGAGAGUCCAGUUUGGUUGAUUCGACGCGGUAAAAUGAAAGCAGCUAAAAAAGCUCUUAUGUGGCUACGUGGAGGUGAUAUAAAACAAAUCACAGCAGAAAUGUCUGUUCUGAUAACACGAACAAAGCAAGAUGACAUGCGUACAUUACCGUCGUCAAUGUCUUUUUGGGAACGAUUAUCAGAAACAAAAUCUAAAAUAAUUCAUCCAGGUGUUAUUAAACCGCUGAUCAUUAUAAAUGUAUUUCUAUUCUUACAAGCGUUAUCUGGCACGUAUAUUAUUGUUUACUAUGGAGUCGACCUUAUUCAAGACAUUGGAAAAGGAAGUGUUGAUAAAUAUAUGGCUGCUGUUGUAACAGCAACAAUAAGAUUUGUCUUUUGUCUGCUGUCUUGUGUUUUAUUGUUAAAAAUAGGCAGUAGAACAAUUGCCAUCGUAUCAGGAACAGGAACUGCAUUAUCAUCAUUAGUCCUUGCCGCAUUUGUUUUGACGAGAGUAGAGGAAUCUUAUUUUGACAUAUAUAUAAUAGGAGUUUGUCUCUUUAUGUACGUCAGUUUAAAUACAAUUGGAUUGUUUACUCUGAUUGGAACAAUGAUUAGUGAAUUGCUGCCUCAUCGAGCUCGUGGAAUAGGUGGUGGCUUUUCAAUGUUCAUCUUCAAUUUUUCACUCUUCCUUACAGCUAAAAUUUUUCCAUUGGUAAGAAAUUUAGUGGGUAUGGGAGGUGUUUUUGUAAUAUUUGGAGUAUCAGCUUCUCUGCUCACAAUAUUUAUGUGGCUCACAUUUCCCGAUACAAGAAAUCGUUCAUUACAAGAAAUAGAAGAUUACUUUAAUGGCGAAAAUAUUAUUUGGAUAAAGAAAAAAAAAUGUCAGAAUAAAAGGCUAAAAAAUUCUGAAGCAUGAAAUUAUUUUAAGCAUCGCAACAAAAAAAAUAAAAAAACGUGAUACAUUUUAAAUUUAAUUUAUACUAUUUAGUGUCCAUUAAAUGUAUAUUUUUUUUAAAUCUAUAGUAAUAAUAUUAAGAAACGUUAAGAAAAAUGAUAUCAAAUAAUUUAACAUAUCAUUAAAAA